AUGACUGGUAUUGCACCUCAGCCGAAUAACCCAACAGACUGGCAGAAAUAUGCCACCUCAGAUGCCGUGACCGCAAUUCCUCUGCGAGAAGGGGACAAUAAAGUGGCAAGUCACCGGGGAGUCUUUCUGGACGCAGCAGCUGUCCUCGACCCUGGCAUGCAUAAUCUGCACAUCUAUACUGAUGUCCUUGCUUUUAUGACCGAGCAGAUCAUAAUUAGCCCUGCUAAAUACGGCACUGUGAAUAUUGUGGCCCGUGUUUUGACUGCGGCCAAGCCGGUCACCUUGUGUGUCCCCUCAGGCGAUGCGUCCACCAGUGCCAUCGCAAUUUACGCUCGCAUAUUGGACCAGCCAAUAUCGGUCUGUAUGGGUAACUCCGAACCGGUAGAGCUGGAUCUUGGUGCGGAUACCGAAUAUGUUGGAGCGGCUGUGGCCUUGGAAAACGGCAAGGUGGUUGUCGAAUAUCUCACGACAUACCCUGAUGAUAGCCAUGCGGAGCUGCAAGAGAGUCUCGAGACCGAGCUGCGCAUUGCGCUGGUUCAGUUUUGGAUAAAUACCUCAAUUGCCAUCUCCAUCUGCUCUUACGUGGCAAGCAUCACGGCGGAUCAGAGUUCUUACUCGAUGCUCAACACGCAAGCCGUGGCGCUGGGCCAGCAACUUGCAGGUCAAGUCAUAGCGGGUCAAAAUAUGACAUAUGCCCCCGUGCUAGUUUUAAGCACAUACGAGGACACCAUGAAGCUAGCACUGGCAGCUGCUUCCGCCUAUGAAAUUCAGUAUGAUCGUUUUCAGGAUAAGGCAUCAUCACUGGAAGUGCAAAUUGAGGCGUGGAAGACAAUGCUUUCCCAAGCUACUGACAAUGAAACAAUGCAAGGCAACCUACGUGACUCGGCAUAUCAAAAAUACCAGGAUGCUGCCAAAACAGCCGACAGCUGCAACCAGCAGUUCAAGUAUGACAACGACGAUGUGCAGAAUGCAGGGAUACUUUUUCAGAAUGGUAUAGAGAAAUGGAAAUUUGAGCAGAAAUUCAAAGCAAUACAGGCUAUCUUCACAGCAGUCAUCACAUUUGCUGUUAGUAUUGGUGAAAUGUUCAUUGGUAACCCGGCUGGGGCUAGCGGAGCAGCGAAAGCCGUCGAGGCUGCCAAAGAAGCAGAGAAUAUCGCUGACCAAGUUGCAGCGAAUGUAACUUCGGGGACAUUGGAGAAGCUGAAAGAAGUUGCUGGGGCGCUUGGAAAGCUAUAUCCAUCAGUAUCUCAGAUUGUGAAAGCGAUUAAUGAUCUUGAAUCUAACCCUGAUGUCGAUGUACCGUCUCUUUCUGAUAUCUCGGGUACGGCAAAUGGCGAUGCGGACUCUAGUGCUAUCGUCACCAUGGCAGCCUGGGAUAAAUGGAUUCUUGAAUCAGAUGACCAGAUGACAUUUGGAGUUACAGCUGGAAUUGAGGGUGCAGCUGCAUACCAGCUUGCUCUACGCAAACAUGCAAUCAAUGGAAAGCAACUGGCUCAGGCUCAGGCUGAGGCUAUUAAAGCUGGGUAUGAGUAUGUUCAGGCUCAAAUGGAAGUCAUUCAUUGCAAAAAGCAAGUGGACGAUCUCCAGAGCUUGAUUAACAACUAUACGGGACAAGAGGACGUCUAUCUCAAAGCUGAAGCUCAGCUCUAUGACCGUCUUUUGGCACUCAAAACGGGUGUCGUGAUUGAGCUCCAGAAUAUGGUUUGGGCAUAUCGAUACUGGGCUCUCACUGAGAGUAGGAUUGUUCUUGACGCUACAAAGUCCAUUGAAGAGUAUGACAGCGACCUUUACCAGAUCGCCCGCGAUAUGGAGACAGUAGAUGAGCAGUACCCCAGUGAUUUCCAAGGGUUUACAUACUACGACGACAGCGACAAGCUCCCAUUUAACUUCGGACAGUUGCUGGUCGAGGGUCUUGCUGGUGAAACAAACACCGGCAGCUUUACUCUCGCCCCCAACAAAGCAUUAGCCGGGGUCUUCUUUGGCGGGUCUCACUACCGGCUAAGUGGCUUAGAUCCAACUCUCAGAGGGGCUCUUCCCAAGAAGGAUGCUGUCAAAGAUGGCGUGGUGAUCGUUCAUUUGCAAAUCACUACAUCCGGAAUAUACGAAGAUAUCCAGGAUGGUCAAGUAUUUCGCUUUGCAAGCCUUCCUCAGUCUCGCCAGUGUUCCUACGAGCUCAAUGAAGAUGGAUCAAGAGGAAAUACGUGGGAUGAUCCCAUAUUCGAGACUAAAUAUCACGCCGAGCCCACUCCUUUUACGCAAUGGAAGAUAAAGUUACUGAAUCCCGAAGAUAUUGACUUGAGCAGACUGGCAGGGGUUGAUUUGAAAUGGGAAGGCCAUGUUCGAUUCGGCCCGACUCGAUGUCUGAGAGAUAAUUUGGAAUAG